AUGGACGCUCCAACAGGACUUUCAUUUGGUCAUAUAGCAUACCUGACAUUUGAGUCGGUGUUGAAAGUUGUCAUUGUUUCAUUUGCAGGGUUUUGGUGUGCGUAUACCGGGCUUUUGCCCAAAGAGGGGCAAAAGAUCAUUUCAAGGAUCAAUGUCGAUCUUUUGACACCGUGUCUGAUUUUCAGCAAGCUUGCCAAGAGUUUGUCGAUGGCCAAGAUAUUAGAAAUCGCUGUAAUUCCGGUAUUUUUUGGACUUUCACUGGGAGUUUCAUUCUUGUCCGGCAAAAUAAUGAGUCGAAUACUGCGUCUUGACAAGGAAGAGACGAAAUUUGUCGUGGCAAAUUCGAUCUUCGGGAACAGUAAUUCGUUGCCGGUCUCGUUGACGGUUUCACUGGCGUAUACUUUGCCAGGUCUGCUGUGGGAUGAGAUCGCGAACGAUAACAGAGAUAACGUCGCCAGUAGAGGUAUCCUCUACUUGCUGAUUUUCCAGCAGUUAGGCCACGUGAUCAGGUGGUCCUAUGGUUAUAACACACUUCUACGCUGGUCUGAUGAUGAUCGUCGGCAAUUACCACGGCCCGUGAGUGCAGACCAGUUGAACGUUACAGAACCGGAAAUGGUCGAGAUGGACGAUUCGAUCGGAACAAGUGCGACGUCGUACUCUUCCGUGAAACAGUUGCGGAAUUUUUGCAUGAAGGUUUUCUACAAAAUCAAGUCCACCAUGAAUCCACCUCUGUGGUCCAUGGUUUUAAGUGUCAUGGUGGCCUCAAUCCAUCCUAUUCAGCAUGAACUUUUCAGCAAGGACGGGUUUAUUAACAACACACUAUCUGAGGCCAUUUUCGAACUGGGUGCCAUAUCUAUCCCACUUAUCCUGAUAGUCCUAGGAUCCAACUUGUAUCCAUCCAAGGACACCCCACAAAAAACACACAACUACAACAAAAUGAUCUUGGGGUCUAUUGUGGGUAGAAUGAUCCUUCCCUCAUGCUUCAUGCUGCCCAUCAUCGCCGUAUGUGUGAAAUACAUCAGAGUGAGCAUUUUGGAUGACCCCAUUUUCCUUGUGGUGGGGUUCAUUCUCACAGUGUCUCCUCCUGCCAUCCAGCUCACACAAAUCACGCAGCUCAACGAGUUUUUCGAGAGCGAAAUGGCCGGAGUGCUGUUUUGGGGCUAUGUGGUACUCAGUUUACCUGUCAGCAUCACCGUUGUCAGUGCUGCGAUGACGGUGCUAGAAUGGGCUCGGGAAUCCAACAUGUAA